CUGAGCGAGAAGAAUGCAGCAACAGGGUCAAUCUCACUGUAGUCGAGGGAAGUGUGAUCCUCGAGAGUCCUUCAUAUCCUGUCUUUAAGGGAGAAAAUGUGACACUUGGUUGUUCCCACAAAGAAGAAGAUGAUGACAUCUCCACCUCAAACUUUGAAGCUGCGUUCUACAAAGAUGACGUCUUCAUUGGGAAAGACAAACAAGGGAAAAUGACGAUUAAAGCAGAAGAAGGUUUCUACAAAUGUGUCCAUCCUUCUAAAAGAGAGUCACCGAAGAGCUGGCUGGCAGUGAAAGCUAGAGUUGUCCAAGCAGAAACUUCUCCUCCUCCUCGUCCUUCUGCUUCUCCUCCUCCUGGUACUGGUCCUGGUUUUAUUUGGAAAAGAGUGAUUUGUGGCCUCCUCCUCUUCAUCCUCUACAACUUCAUACUAAUCUUGUGUAUUUACACGUACCGUAAAUGGGCUCGAGAACAAGUUGACUUGCUCCAGAGAUCUGAUGCUUGUCCUUCUGGCUGGACUCCCAUCAACAGUCGCUGCUUUCAAUAUGUUCAGAAACCCAUGACUUGGGCGAGAGCCGAGAGGAACUGUCUGUCCAUGGGGGGAAACCUUGCAUCAGUUCAAGACAUGAACGAAUAUCGUCAGAUUCAGGCUAUAAUAGCUACAGCAAGUUACGGAGCCAAAACAGCAUGGAUUGGAGGUUCUAAUGCACAGGAGGACAACAUUUGGUUGUGGAGCGAUGGGAACCGGUUCAUCUACACAGACUGGUGUUCUGGACAGCCUGAUAAUCAUGGAGGCAACCAGCACUGAUUACAGAUGAACUAUUCAGAUGACAAGUGCUGGGAUGACUUGGAAUGUUCUAAUCGGCUGCCUUCUGUCUGCGUCAAGACAAUGUGAAAACUGUGAAGUUACUAAAAAGGCCUGAUGUGUAAAACAGAACCAGUGGAGAAUCAGAGCUGCUGUUUCUGUUUUCCUGCCUUUUUGCAUCUUCAUAGAAAACCCAAAAGAUAUUUCAGCUUCUCUACUUCCUCUCAUUUCUCUCUUUAAUGCAACCUAAGCAAUGAAGCGACAAGCAAACAGCAGCUGGAUUGUCUCUCUGUAAUAAAGUCAGACUGAAUGAGUUUUAAGAAAGAAUCUUCUAUGCAAAACUUUCUUCUAUUCUUUGGCUGAGCAAAAAUAAAACUUUGAAGAAUCAAAACAA